GAUAGUAAUCCAGCAGUCAGAGUUUGGAAACUAUGGAGGUGUCCUGAAACCAUGUAAUUUGAGACAUAACAGUGACAGAAAGGAUUAUUGGAGCUAAAUGAGUUAAGUAUGACAUGGGUUUCCAAGAAGCAUUUGAAACAAAGCAGAUGAUUAUAUUUAUUGAUGUUGCACAGUUAAAGGUGUGAACCUUAGAGCAAUCUUCUAAAUCCUCCUCUACAUCUCUAUCUUUCAGGAAAGUCUUCAGGCCAGUUGUUGUAAUCUGUACUUGGGCAAGACAUUAUUUAGGUUUUAGAGCUGCAAUUAUACAACUACUCUUCAAAGUUUGGAAAGUAGUUAGGAUUGAGAGAAUUGAACUUUCACUUAGGAUUGAAGGAGCAGCCAUUUGUGAAAGCCAAGGUUGUUUGGUGUUGGUAAUCCCUUGUCAAACAUAUUACUGCUUUUGUGGCCUCUCUGUCUUUGCCUUCCACAGCAGUGAUUUAGAUGGGAACUGUGAAGUUUUUCAAAAUUAUUUAUUGUAGUUACUUGAAAUAGUGUAAAUCUGGAAAUUUGUCCAUAAACAGAAUUCUUAUAGAUUUUUGCCACCGUGGUUUUUCUAAUGCAUAAAGAAAUGCUGAAGUGGUUGUUUUGUUUUCAGACAAUAAAUAAGUAGUGAUUACAUAUUUUUUUCUUAUUUUUAUCUUUAAGAAAAAUUUGGAAUUUCAGUCAUUAGUAUUCUGAACUGUAAGAGUUUAUCUGACAUUGUUUGCAUUGUAGAGAAGUAAGAAAGAACUUGAACAUCCCAAUCCUGUCCCUUUCAGCUAUUAAAAGGUCAUUUCAGUGUGUUAACUGGCCAGCAGUAGUCAGCUUAACUUUAAUUAUAUGUAUUUUGGGAUGUGUAUGUGUGUAUGUAUUUUCAUCUGAUGAAUUUUUUUUACUGUCAUUUGUAAUUGCAGAUAGAAAAAUGCACGUCCUGGUUUUAAACACUGAGAUCAAUAUCACAUAAAAAUUAUCAAGGUGCUUAAGAAUUGUGUCAGAGGAUGUUAGUUAACCAUUUAAUGUCAGUCUGUGGUCCUCUGUUUCUUUUGCAACAGUUGAUUGUGUUGAUGUUGAAGAAGAGAACACCUUUUGCCACACUGUUAUGUCACUUGACCAAAUAUGUGGAUGGUAAUUAGAACAAAGGUAGCCACUUAUUCCUUGUCUGCUCUGCUGUUGUAAUUGACUGUUCAAGUUGUGAAGUAAGAUGCUAUUUAAAUAAUCUCUGUGAUGGAUGGAACAUCAUGAGAGCAAGUUAUGUGUAUUUCUUGGUGGUCCCUAUUUUCUGUUCAGUAGUUCCCAUACUAAUAUCUGGCCCACAAGUCUUAAAUGCAUAUUCUGAACAUGUACAGUGCUGUUUAUGUUACUGUUAUGUUUUCAGAGCAGAAUCUGCAACUUUUUGUGUGAAAGAAGGAAAGUUUUAAAAGCUGCACUAAGGAAAAAGGAUUCUACAUAUGAAAAUGGGAGUAGUGGAUUUGACAGUGUUCUUAAUGAUAGAAUUAAGGGAGUCAGUGCUUUGUAGAAAGUCCUGGGUCUGAUUAGCAAGACUCUCAGGGAGAGUUAUUGACUUAUGUGACAUUAAGUCUGACACCUCUCACAGUAAAUAAAACUUCUAUCAGCAAAAGAGAAUGAGCAGCUUCUACAAGAUACAAUGACAGAGUAAAUAGGACAGACAUUUCUUGCUGUGUGACUGUUGGUUAUGGCUGUUGAUUUUCUUCCUACACUUGUAGGUUCAGCUCUGCAUGCUGGGCUGGAUCUGCUGUCCAUUAAAAGGAGUGAGACACUUUCAGUUGACUUUAGGUUAUUGUCAGAUAAGGUCUGGAAAUGUUAAAGAUGGUUCUUUGGUGGCUUGUGCAUUUUCUCCCAAUGGAAAUUUCUUUGUCACUGGAUCAUCAAGUGGUGAUUUAACCAUUUGGGAUGAUAAAAUGAGAUGCCUGUAUAAUGAAAAAGCACAUGAUCUUGGCGUUACCUGCUGUGAUAUUUCUUCAAAUCCAGUAUCUGUUUUUUCAGAUAAUGAAAAUGGAUUCAAAUACUUCCAGAUGGCUUCUUGUGGACAAGAUAAUCAGAUCAAGCUUUGGCUUAUUUUAUUUGCAGAUUUCUUAGGUGUUGAAUUAAAAUAUAAAUGCACAUUGAAUGGACAUUCUGCCCCAGUUCUGGCUUGUGCAUUUUCAUAUGAUGGGCAGAUGUUGGUGUCGGGGUCUGUGGACAAGUGUGUCAUAAUCUAUGAAACUAGUACUGGCAAUACCCUUCGUACUUUGUCUCAGCAUACCAGAUAUGUUACAGCUUGUGCUUUUGCACCACAUAGUCAUUUACUUGCCACGGGCUCAAUGGAUAAAACUGUGCACAUAUGGCAGCUGGACCUUAAGCAACCCUCUGCAGGAAAUACUGUAGAAACUGAAUCUAAGGUGGCUGUUGAGGACUGGUCAGAGGAUGAUGUUUCAGCCUGGCUCUGUGCACAAGAUUUAGCAGACUUUGUUGGGCUUUUCAAAAUGAAUAAUAUUGAUGGCAAGGAGCUACUGAAUCUUACUAAGGAAGGUCUUGCUAAUGAAUUAAAAAUUGAGUCUCUAGGCCUGCGCAGUAAAAUUCUCCAGAAGAUUAAAGAACUGAAGAUGACAAUGAUCUCAGUUUCUGUUCCUGUCCCUGAUGAGUUCCUGUGUCCUAUAACAAGGGAGCUUAUGAAGGAUCCUGUCAUUGCAGCAGAUGGCUAUUCCUAUGAAAGGGAAGCAAUGGAACACUGGAUCAGCAAUAAGAGACGAUCCAGUCCCAUGACCAAUCUUCCCCUCCACUCCCUUAUGCUCACACCAAACAGGACACUAAAAAUGGCCAUCACUCGCUGGCUGGAGACUCAGCAGAAAUGUUAAACCACUUUGCAAUUCUGUGUAGCUAAAGGAACUAACUGUAUAAG